AUGUCUGACACCAGCGACCUACCCCUGGAGCAAUGGAUCACCCUUGAAUACCAAGACCGCAUCGCUAUCAUCACGAUCAAUCGUCCUGAUAAAUUGAAUGCGUUGCCUAAAGACGGAUUUUAUCGCAUAACUCAAUGUCUUCGAGAGAUCGAGACUCAUGAUGAAGUCUUGGUGACUCUGCUCACGGGCAAAGGCCGUUUCUUCUGCGCUGGCGCGGACGUAUCUAUCAGCCGCAAAACGCCACCUGGAGUUGAUGUCUGGCGACACGGUCUUAGAGAAACAGUGGCCAAUAACCUUAACAACACACAAGCCUUCUACUCGCACUCUAAAAUUCUGGUUACAGCCUUGAACGGACCAGUAGUAGGCAUUGCAGCGGCUCUCAUCAGCUUUUCGGAUUUCAUAUAUUGCGUGCCACAUACCUACCUACUCACGCCCUUCUCCAGUCUGGGUCUGAUUUCUGAAGGUGGUGCUGCAGUCGGAUUCAUCAGAAGAAUGGGUGUCGCAAAGGCGAAUGAAGCCUUGCUGACCAGCCGACGUCUACAAGCCAAAGACUUGGAGGCAUGUGGCUUUAUCAACAAGAUCUUCGACUGCGACAAAGGCGAGGAUGAACGCUUCCGAGAGCUUGUGCUCGAUCAUAUCCGUGAUACCAUGGGAGAUCAUCUCGUGGCAUCGAGUCUAAUCGAGACUAAGGCUAUAGUCACCGCUUCUAUGAGAAGAGAAAUAGAUAGUUCAAUGGUGGCUGAACUGUUUGGAGGCCUCAAGCGGACAGCUUUGGGCAUUCCACAGAAGGAAUUUGAGAAGAUCAGGACCGGAGCCAAAAGGCACAAGCUGUAA